AUGUGGCUCGUACUAAUCUGUGUUCUGUUGGCGACCCUGUACUGGUACGGAACCAGGAACCAUGGCUACUGGAAGAGCAAGGGGGUGCCGUACGAGAAGCCCCUCCCGUUCUUCGGAAGCAACAUCAAGUACAUCCUAAACAACGUCAGUUUGACGGAGAGGCUACAGAACUUCUACGAGGCCUACCCGAAGGAGCGAUACGUCGGUUUCUACCGCGGCAACGAGCCCGCCGUCCUGCUGCGGGACCCGGAGCUCAUCAAGCGCGUCCUGUCGACGGACUUCCGCCAGUUCCACUACCGCGGCAUCAACUUGAACGCGGCGCACGUCGAGCCCCUGUUCAAGAAUCUGUUCGCGGCGGAGGGCGACGUGUGGAGGCUCACGAGACAGAAGCUGACGCCGGCGUUCACCACCAGCAAGCUGAAGGCGAUGUUCCCGCUCAUCGUGGAGACGGCCGCCACGCUCGUGAACAUCGUCAACCAAUCGGAGCAGGACGAGAUCGACACCCGAGACCUCAUGGCGCGCUACACCAUCGACUUCAUCGGCUCCUGCGGCUUCGGCAUAAACUCCAACUCGUUGAACGACGAGACCUCGGGAUUCCGUCAGCUCGGGAAGCGUAUAGCUACGAUAACAAAACGCGACGCCCUGGUAUUCGUUUUGAAACGAACGGCGCCGGAUCUGUUCAAACAUCUCACUUACCUUGCCCCGGAGAUCGAGACUAAGCUGGUGUCGAUCGUGAAGCAGAUCGUGGAGCAGAGGAAUCAUAAACCGUCCGGCAGAAACGAUUUCAUAGAUAUGAUGUUGGAGUUGAAACAGAAGGGGAACAUCCGCGGAGAGUCGAUCGAGCACCAGAACCCGGACGGGUCCCCGAUGAUAGUCGAGAUCGAGUUUGACGACCUGCUGAUGUGCGCUCAAGCGUUCGUUUUCUUUAUCGCCGGCUUCGAGACCUCGUCUUCGGCGAGCAGCUACCUUCUUCACAAUCUGGCUUACAAUCCGGACCACCUGAAACGCUGUCAGGAUGAAGUAGAUGAGGUUCUGAGUAGAUACGAUGGCAAACUCUGCUUCGAUGCUGUAAAAGAAAUGAAAUACUUGGAAAUGUGCCUCAAGGAAAGUUUACGUAUUCUGCCGCCAAUUGGAUUUCUGAUGAGAAAAUGCGUCAAUCGCUACACAUUCCCUGACACAGAUCUGACAGUGGAGAAAGACAUGGUCAUGAUGAUUCCGACCCAAGGUCUCCAUUUCGACCCGCAAUAUUUUGAGGAUCCUCAGGAAUUUAAGCCGGAGAGAUUCAGUUCAGACGACGUUGAUAAAAUCAAGAAUUACACCUACAUGCCGUUCGGUGACGGGCCUCGAGCUUGUAUAGGGGAGAGGCUGGGUCUGAUGCAGUCUCUGGCGGGGGUGGCGACCGUCCUGCGCCACUUCGACGUGUCCCCGGGCCGCAGCUCCGUGCGCCGCCCGCCCAUCGACCCCAGCUCCACCAUCUUCCAGACCAUCCCCGCCCUGCCGCUACACCUCAAACCCAGGGUACACUGAUGUCUGAAAAAC